CAUGGCGGGAGGAAUGAAAGUGGCGGUCUUACCUGCAGUUGGUGCCGGGCCCUGGAGCUGGGGGGCCGGGGACGGUGGUGCAGUGCGACUGCUCCUGGUCCUCUCCGGCUGCUUGGUCUGCGGCUCAGCCGGAAUUGAUUUAAAUGUGGUCAUGCUUCAGGAAUCCAAAGUUUAUUAUAUGAAUACCAGUCAACAAUCCUGUUAUAAAAAUGUGCUGAUCCCAAAGUGGCAUGAUAUAUGGACACAGAUACAGAUUCGGGUAAAUAGUUCCAAACUGGUCCGAGUCACCCAGGUGGAGAAUGAGGAGAAACUGAAGGAGCUAGAGCAGUUCAGUAUCUGGAACUUUUUUUCCUCCUUUUUAAAAGAGAAAUUGAAUGACACCUAUGUUAACGUGGGUCUGUACAGCACAAAAACCUGCCUCAAAGUUGAGAUUUUAGAGGAAGACACCAAGUACAGUGUCAUUGUGACCCGGAGAUUUGACCCCAAACUCUUCCUCAUUUUUCUCCUUGGACUUAUUCUAUUUUUUUGUGGUGACUUGCUGAGCAGAAGUCAAAUCUUCUACUAUUCCACUGGGAUGAGUGUGGGAAUUGUGGCCUCUUUACUAAUCAUCAUUUUUAUGCUGUCCAAGUUUAUGCCCAAGAAAAGUCCCAUUUACAUCAUCCUGGUAGGAGGCUGGUCCUUUUCUCUGUACCUCAUUCAGCUAGUUUUUAAAAAUUUACAGGAGAUCUGGAGAUGUUACUGGCAGUAUCUUUUAAGCUAUGUCCUUGCAGUUGGAUUCAUGAGUUUUGCAGUCUGUUACAAGUAUGGGCCCUUGGAGAAUGAACGAAGUAUCAACCUGCUGACUUGGACCUUGCAGCUGAUGGGCUUAUGUUUCAUGUAUUCCGGUAUCCAGAUACCACACAUUGCCCUUGCCAUUAUCAUCAUUGCACUGUGUACUAAGAGCCUGGAGUACCCUAUUCACUGGCUGUACAUCACCUACAGAAAGAUGUGUAAUGCAACAGAAAAGACUGUGCCCCCUCGUCUUCUGACAGAAGAAGAAUAUCGGAUACAAGGAGAGGUAGAGACCCGAAAGGCUUUAGAGAAGCUUAGAGAAUACUGCAACAGUCCAGACUGCUCGGCUUGGAAGACUGUUUCUCGAAUCCAGUCUCCAAAAAGAUUUGCUGACUUUGUGGAAGGAUCUUUCCACCUCACACCAAAUGAAGUUUCUGUCCAUGAGCAGGAGUAUGGGUUAGAGAGCAUUAUUGCCCAGGAUGAACUCUAUGAAGAAACAUCCUCUGAGGAGGAGGACUCAGAUUCUCGGUACCCCCCCAUCACACAACAGAACAGCUUGUUGACUUAGGUGGUCGUCAGUUAUUUUUAUGUGGAUUGGCUUGGUACCUCAAUGGUCCAGGUUGCAUGUGUUGCGCAAUUGCUUCUCAAACCUUGGAAAUAGGGUGAGAUAGUGCUGAAAUUCUCCCGCUGAAAUUAGAGGCCUGAGUAGACCUCCCUCUGGAAGUGGUCUUGGUGGUCUCUGUGGGGUCCUGAGGAAGCAGAGUGGAUCAAGUAUUGACUGCUUCCCAACACGUCCCAUUGGUUAAGUUCUCGGCCCACCUUUAUAUUUCCAAAGAAACUGGAUUGCCACAGCUAGCAUGGCAUUCCAGCUCCUCUUUGAAAGUUGAUUCAGUUGUGGCAUUUCAAACUCAGAAGUGAUAACUGUUAUAUGUGAAGUAAUGCUUUCAGACUAUAGGCUGCAUCUUUCAGAGACAAAUCCACAAAUCUGAGCCUCUUUUACUUGUGCUUUUAUUUCAGUGACUUUAGCAUAAUCCUUGUUUUAACUGUUUUAAGAGGAAAAUAGAUUAUUAUUUGUCUGUCUUGUUUUUUAAGUGAAUACAUUUUAAAAAAAUGUGACAAACUCGUUCCAGAGCCAGCAAGUGCUGCAGAGUGACAAGCCCCGUAGGCCCCUACGUAUUUAUUAAUAUGGAUUAUCCAUUAAAGCCCAAGGAGUGUUGUGCUGAGCUUUGGAUUAGUUCUCACACCUAUGAUAUUCUAAGUCCUGCCUGCAGGCCUUUCUGUAGAUGAGGUCUGUUGCUGUUUUUAUUAUAUUUAACUUUCAAUUCUAUUUUAAAAAUAGGUUUGCAUUCUUCCCUUCUAAGUCCUCGUUGCCCCCUUUGCCCUUUCAGGAAGGGUCUAUUCCCUCACCUCUGAAGUAUGUACAUUUCAGUUUGUUUCAUUUCUUAUAUUCUCUUCCCUUUGGUUUAUAAUAGGAUUGUUUCUGCUGGUUAGGAGAAGUGAUCUUAUUUAGGGAACUUAAAUGCUUUUUAAGGUUCUCCAUUUUUCCUGUCAGUGGGUCACAUAUCUUUGAAUUGCUGUGGGAUCAAGAAACUAUCUCCUUUUCCUUUCCCUUCCUUUGUCUACCCAUUCUACCUAUUCUUUUCAGCCUUUCCGUACCACCUGUAUCCCUCCCCACCUGAAGUCUGGCUAAUUUGUGAGCCUGAAACUAUCUAUGAAGGUUCUUGAUACAAUGUACACGUUGUAGCUAUGUGGCUGCCGCAAUUUGCAUUGUCAGGAGAUAGACCUCCAGAUAAUCCUUAUGCCUCUGGGUGCUUGUUCAGCCAUCAGGAGCAGAUGCACUUUUCUAUGAACUUAUGGUACUUAUUUGCAAUUCCAUUUCUGACCAGAGGUUCAUGCUGCCUUUUAUCACAGUGGCAUUGCUUUCACUUUCUUUUGCCAUUGGAAAGUACCCUUAUAAACAAGCAGUGCCAUUUAUGAGGGAGCAAAUUCCCAAGUCUCUGUCAUUCGCUUGGUUCUGUCUUUGUGAUCUUCACCCUCGUACCUUGGAAAAAGCUAUAAUUACUUUAUUCAGGAAGAUAGGCACUGAUGGCAGGAGCACAGCAUUGGACUGACUGGCUUACCAUGAUCAUGGGGAAGGCAGAUGAUUUUUUAAAAAGCUAUAAUGACUCCUUCAGACCAGCCAUUAACAGAUAAUGUUGAAAGGUUCUGGACUCCAUUACAGACUUCCAAAAUGUCAGUUCUGAGAUUCCCCUCCAGGUGGCCAGUUGAUUUUUUUCUGCCAGUGUUUCCCACAGCUUUAAACUGUCCUAAACUGACAACUACCUCAGUUGGCAGCAAAUAGACAUAUAGCAGAAAGUGAAAAAUAAGCAGUAUUUGGACAGAUGCCAUGGGUUAAAGUUGAUUUAUAUUAGGAAACCUUUCUAUCUUUGUGAAUUAUGUACAUGGUAACAUUUUAUCUCUCUACAAAAAACUGUUAAGACCUCUGAAAUUUACUAUUUUUUGCCUCAUUAAUAGAAAUCGAGACUUAGCAUAUUUGAGCCUAAGCUGAUUCGAAAAAAUAAUUCGGCUGUACAAAUGGUCUCAGAUUCCCUGGAGACUUUGGUGCCUGCCCCAUAUAACUACUUAGGGACAUGGUUGCUUGCCUCCAGUGUGACUUUUCCUGACUCAUGUCUUUAUUUCAGCGGGAAAGCAUUGUGAAGUAGAGAAAGAUUCUCGUCUUUUUCUGUUUAGUAAACCCCUUGUGAUAUACAGUUUCCAUCUCAAGAUGAGUUUUUCUCACUGUGUUUGAAUUUGGGAUGAGUAAAAUCAAAUUCGGUUUAUUACUCCCUGUCUGGUAGUUGGAGAACUGAGCUGUAGGCAGUGGCAAUGACAAUGGGUCCUGCAGCAUGAGAGCUGCUCUCAGACAGUGAAGGACGGUGCCUCUGGUGUGCUGUGUGUCCUUGCCCUGUCUUCCUGUGUGGCUCUGCCCCAGAUGCUUCAGAGCCUCUGUGUGCCUGGCGAUUGCUUGACUCCUUUAGGAGCUGUUCUUGUCUCCCUUUUGGCCACUUAGUCUGCUGGCUCAGUCACUACUUGAAGCCACCAUUUAAUUUUCAGUUACAGUUCUUGCAGUUUCAGCAUAGUCUCGUCUCUCAGACCGAUCUCAUCAAGAAGGAUUGAAAGGAUAACUGCGGAGUGAGCUGGACAUUGGAGCCACGUCUGCUGCCAUGUCAGCAUCUUGCUCGGCAAAUAUCAAGCUGUAAAUUGGCCCUAGAGCUCAGGGUCCCAUCAGCAUCAGAAAUCUAUUGCCCCUAAUGGGUCCGACCAAGUUGUGUAGAGCAUGACUCCCAUUAAUGGGAAUACAAGAGCCAACUGGCCUAAAACAUUUCCCCUUCACUUUCCCACUCAGAUUACUUUCAGAAGACCUGUGGAACCAAUGACUGAUAAUAAGGAAAAUUUAGCAACUUUGAUAUCUUCUAAUAAGAAAUUCCUAUCAGCCACUUCAUCCCACCAAAACUAGUUUAUUUCUCCCCCCAAAUUCAUGACCUUUAUGUUGGUUACGGGAUUUUGCUGAUGAUAGACUUUGAGUCCCAGUGUUCCAUUUUGUGCUAAUACAUCCCAUUUUAGGGCCUAGCCCUCUCUUCAUUGACUGUGUUCCCUUCAACCCAAUCCCCACUUUGCAUAUACAAUAGAGAGUUGAUGAAUGAAAGGACCCAAAUAGGCCAGGUAGUUCCCCCAGGCCCUGAUAUCCAUAAAAGGCUUGGGAAUGGAUUAUGCAGUUGCCCUCAAUCUUUUUGUUGUUCCAGAAAAAACGAUGGGCUCAGAUGGAUGCCUACGUAAAAAUGGUUCCUAGCUAUGUACUCAUAACUUUUCUCUGAAUUGAGUAGUGAAAGUUGAAGUACGAGAAAAGGAAAUUAAAUGUCCUUCUAGUAUUCCUUUGGACUCAGGUCUGACAUAAGAGAUAAUAAUCUAUAUUGAAAUGCCAAGAAUUUUAUCUGAACCAAGGAGAGGACAGUUUGACAGAUUUAUUAUGCCUUCAUGUUACAUAGGCACUGAAACCAAGUAAUAAACAUAAAAUAGCCAUUGCACAAGGCAAAUGCACCUAAAACCUUUUGUUUAUGUUUUGAUGUAGCAGAAAUUAAUUUUUAGGGAAACCUAUGCAAUUGUGGUGUUCCAGGGGUAUCUCAUGGUAACUUAGCUUAUGGAUUCAGUUGCUAUUGAGUUGGAUUCUAGACAGUUAUUACCUUGAAAAGGGAGUUUGGUGCCUUAUAUGAUGGGAGCCAGAGCCUGCUGGGAAUAAACAAAGCGGAUUCACACCAGUGUCAACACACAGCUUUAGUGGGGAAGGGAAUGGCACACAGUAUCCCCAAAUUUGGGGCUUUUGUCUCCCAUACCCCCCGCCCAUGUGUCUCAUCUUCCUUUUCACACUCUUGACAAUAACUUGAAAAUGGUGAAACCACCUUCUCUGAAAUUUUCUACAGCAUGGACAACAUUCUUUUCUUAUUAACAUAAUAGAUAGCUCAUAAUGUGAGUGUUAGAACUGUUACAGCCUGCAGUUGCCUCCCUUUAUCAAGUUUCUAGAAUUGAUGGUGAAAUAGGGAGUUACUGGGUAAGUUUUAGCCUGUGGGUAAUGCCUUAGUGUUAUUUUUAAAAGAUUUGUCAUUUAUAUUUAAAAUAAGUUCAUGAAUGUUUGAAAGCAACAAAAUGAUCAGGGAUGACUCUUUGCCAUGGGUCUCAUUUUCACUUUCCUGUAAGAAAAAACGACGUCUUAUUAUAUAUUUUUUCAUUUUUAUUGUACAAGUUUGUAAGUAAUCCCAAUUUUAAUAAAGUUUUAUAGACUAUA